AUGGGAGUUGUUGGUGUAUUGGGCGCGGCUCUGCUAUGCGCUAUUCAUGGUGCUACUGUAGAGAAUACUUUAUUUGAAUAUGGUGAUGGUGCAAAUACAUUCCGUGCUUUUAACCCAACUCAAGCCGAAGAAAAUUAUUCAAUGGUCACUGCUAACUGCUUUUGGUCCCAAAUCUUUGGGGUAACCGGUUUAUGGAUGAGUGCUCUUGGAGUAGUCGGUCUGGCUCUGAACCUACGUGCCUAUGACUUCGUUUCCCAGGAACUGUGCAGCAGAAGAUCCUGA